AUGCCGAAGGAGCCCAUUCUUCAUGCUGAGUUACGUGAGUGGUUGGAGGAAUACCGAAGGCAUCGCGCAUUCAACCCUAUUGCAUGGAUUGAAGAAAAAUGCACCAAACUGAACGAAUACAUGCGGAACAAUAAGCUACGAGGUUGUGUAACAAAUGUUUCUGGUGGUGUGGAUUCUGCCGUUGUGUUGUCGCUGUGCUCGCGAGCCCAGCGCAUGGAAGGUAGUCCGAUCGUGAGAAAUGUUGGCAUCUGCCAACCGAUAUGCAGUAGCGCGUGGGCACUUGAACGUGGUCGUGAGAACAUUCGUGCUGCCGGUGCGGAGGAGGUUGUAGUGGACCAAACCGAUAUUCAUAGGCAGUUGUCGCUGAGUGUUGAAGCCGCUGUUGGCAUUGACGGCAAGGACUUUGCGAGGGGACAGUUGCGCAGCUACAUGCGUGCCCCUGUCGGGUAUUAUGUAGCUCAACUAUGUAGCCAGAGUGGAACACCGACCAUUGUAAUGGGCACAGGCAACAUGGACGAGGAUGGCUACCUUGGUUACUUUUGCAAAGCGGGUGAUGGUGUUGUGGAUGUGCAACUCAUAUCAGACCUGCACAAAAGUGAAGUCUUUAAGGUCGCGCGUGAGCUUGGUGUACCAGAAAAUACUCUCCAAGCCGCUCCCUCGGCUGAUUUGUGGGAUGGACAAACCGAUGAGGAAGAGCUCGGCUUUCCAUACGAUUUUGUGGAGCUUUACACAGGAUACUUUUUAAAGCUCAACAACGGAGAAAGGGAGAUGAAAAAGAAGUCACUGUCCGCUGAAGCUCGUCACCAGUUUGAGGCAUAUAUGAAAAGUUGUGAAGAAACCCACUGCCGCAACGCCCAUAAGUUAAACGGUAUUGUGAACCUGUAG